CAGCCGGCGGCCAGAGGUCCAGACCGCGCCGGCGGACCGUGGCUCCUCUGCCCUCCCUGCGCCGCCGCCGGCCUCGCCCAUGUCUCAGUACGCCCCCAGCUCGGACUUCAAGACGGCUUUGGACAGCAGUCCCGAGGCCAACACUGAAGAUGACAAGACCGAGGAGGACGUGCCCAGGCCCAAGAACUACCUGUGGCUCACCAUUGUCUCGUGUUUUUGCCCCGCGUACCCCAUCAACAUCGUGGCUUUCGUCUUCUCCAUCAUGUCUCUGAACAGCUACAACAAUGGAGACAUUGAUGGAUCCAGGCGACUUGGGAGGAAUGCCAAGUGGGUGGCCAUCGCCUCCAUCAUCAUUGGCCUUCUCAUCAUCGGUAUUUCGUGUGCAGUUCACUUCAUAAAGAGGACAUCUCUGUAGGCCCCGUGGUGCUUGUGGAGCAAAGAAAGGACAGUUUUGUGACAUCAAUCCAGAAGAGCUGGGCAUCACUGAACUAAAGUCCCCGCCUGCUUCUGACAGAACGCUGGGCUGACAGAAGACAGCCAGUGCAUUAGAAAUGUCUGGUGGUCAUUCUUAGGAUUCCAACCUUCGUGUCCUGAGUUUCCCAAACGGAGUCAGACAAACCUGAAGUCUCUCAAAGUCAGAAAAUCCCCUGCUCUCGGGCUGCCAGAGGAAGUGGAGAAGCGAAUCACACGGAGGUGGAACCUGUAAAUGCUGCUGCGGAGAUCUGGGUACCAGUGCCAAUCCCUCACGUCCCCGGCCACAGUCUGCAUGCCUUCAGGUCUGACUUUCGGCUGGCGCCUUGGGCGUCCAAGCGAGGUUGGCUUGCUCCAGCCGUGUUUCUCAAAGCCUCGGAGCCACCUGGGACAGACUCGGCCGACGUGCUUGGGGAAAUGCAGAUUCCUGGGCCCCGAUCAAGACCCUGAGUGGCCCUGAAAUAUACGUUAUCAUGAACACAACCCCCCAAAAUAGUUCUAAGUAUUCUAAGGUGGUAGGGCCACUGUUCCAGGGCUUUGCGUUUAAUGAAGAGCAUUCUUCCCUGUGUGGACACAUGCCUCAAAAUAGGGCAUUUUUACGUUCCUAAGAUGCCUGGCGGAAGUUUCCUAUGCUCCCUGGGAAGUUUACACACCUCCCGAGUUUCCCCUUCCUUCUCUCCUCGUGGGCAGACUCACGGUCAUAUAUCUGGUGCUCAGUGCAGUGCAGUGGAGCUUCCUUAGCAGCAAAACCAGUUGGCCAUGACAAAGCUUGGGGUGUGAAGGAGACAAGGGUUGUCUACCACGGAGAUGACCAGUGACAUUUCAUGGAGCUCCAUCUUACUCGGGGGUUAGGUUGUCACGUCAGGGCACUCGGUGAGCUUCAGGUAAAAUCGAAAUUGAUCUUGGAAGCAUCCACGGGAGGGUACCCUGUUCGUGCCUCACACACCAAACCUCGAUCACCCCAUUCAUGUUUCCUCCGGUGGUGGAGGGGGUGCCGUUCCUUGGCGUGAGUCCGGAACCACAGUCCGAGCUCACAGAGAAGGAACAGGGGUCACCUGCCCCCUGCUCAUGAGCACGGAGCCAGGCAGGGCCAGAAUCUCCAGCUGCAUCUAAACAGCGGCUUUGUUUCCUUCUGGAGCCACGUGAACAGCUGAUUUGCCAUAAGUUAAACCCAUGUCAUGCAACCCCACUGAACUUUCAUCUGUGUUGGUCUCGCAGCACCUAACGAACCAGGCACGCCCCCCUGCUGUGUCUUAAAAACACUUGUCAUUUUUAGAAAUAAGAGCCUUCUUGGGCCAAGGUUUCCAUUAAGGAAGAACUUGACUUCUGAACAAGGUUAAGGGUCCCAGCACCGCCUCCACCAACAGGCACAGAAUUAGCAGAUAUGAGCCCGCUCUGCACUGGUUAAGCUUCUAUCUCACAAACCGACUGGAAUGAGUCCUCUCUUCAUUGCAUUAGGAUUGGAAGUAAGCAUGUAUGUCAAGGUGGACAAGAAGUUGGCCUUUUUACAAAACCACAAAAGCCAAUUCAUCUUUUCCACUGGAGUAAGGCCUUCCGUGAAUUAUUUUGCACAGAUGUGUCUUCAGAGAAUGUCUGUGAUUCUGUGCUGGAAAAUGGGGCAUAGUAACUAUUUCCAGAAGGUCAGGAGGCCUUUCUUUGUUGGUCUAGAUAAACUGAGGUACAGACAAGUCACACUGAAUCAUCGCCAACAAAGGAAGGAUUUUUGCUUUGAAAAGAAUGUGAGCUGGUGGACGUGGACAAAGAAAUCCGAAUAAACAUGAAAAAAGAUGUUUGACCUCACUGGUAACCAGGGAAACACAAACUAAAGUCACAAUGAAAUGAUGUGCUUCCUUUGUCUGCCAGAUUGAAACCAUUUAAAAGAUGGUUGAUAUCAAGGUUGAUGAGAGUGUGAAGAACUGGAUACUGUGGGUGGAGGAGUAAAUUGGGACAGACUUUGGACCUCGAUUCUGAUGUAUCCAUUAAAUGCUAAAAUCCCUGUGCCCUCCAGCCCAGCAAGUCUACUUCUUAGUAACCACCCUAGACACAGGUGCACAAAAAGGCACGUAAAACAGUCAUUAUUUUCCCUGAGCUGCACAUCAGAAUGGCCUGGGGAGCUUUAAAAAACACCAAUGCCCCUAGCCCACCCUGGACCAGUCAAAUUAGGAUCCCCAGUGACAGGGCUCUCUGAUGAUUCCCACGUGCAGCCAGGGUGAGAACCACAGGUGUGCAACGAUGUUCAUUGCAGCUGUGUUUGAAACAGUGAAAACCUUGAAACGACCUAAAUGUCCAUCAGUGGGAAAAUGGUUUAAUACACGGUGGUUUACUUGCAGGAUGGAUUACACACUGUCAUUCAAACGUGGAAAUCUCUUCCUCACUUGAUAAGGCCACACGUGGUCUCUUUCCCAGCACUCUCCCCUCGCUCCUCCGCUUCAGCAACAAUGAAUUGCCCUCUCUUCCUUGAGCGACACAGAUAGGCUCCUGCCACAGGGCCUUUGCCCUUGCUGGCUCCUCUGCCUAGGAUUUGUUUCCUCCCGAAAUCCACAUGGCUCGUUCCCGUCUCUGCUCCGGGUGCCUGCUCCUAUGUUACCUGAGCAGAGCAGGUACCCCGGACCAGCCUUCCUAAAACAGCACCCACUGCCCAUUCUCCUUCCCUCUGUCCCCUUCACCAACCUCACUUUUCUUCCUAGUACCACCCCCUCAGAAAUUACAUGUAUAUAUUAUAUAUUUAAUAUACUAUUCCAUCUAUAUUUACAUGUAUUAUAAAUUUAUAAAUUAUUAUAUAAAUUUAUAUAUAACGUACAAUUAUACAUUAUAUAUAGUUAUGUAAUGCAUAAUCCUAUGUAAUUUAUAUGUAACCACAUGUAUUUAUAUAUAAUCACAUAUACUUUUAUGGUCUGUCUCCUCCUACUGGAGUGAAAACUCUGGGAACAUUCUCAUUUCUGCCAUUGCCCAUAGUAACAGAACAUAACACUUCAGGGUGCUUCCUUCGAAGCUGGACUAUUGGGGUUUACAUCCAGAUUCCGCCUCUAAGUAGCUGUGUGCCCUUUUAACCAGCCUGUGCCUCAGUCCUCUCAUCUAUAAAAUCGGGAUAAAACAGUACCUAUCGCAUAGGGCCGUGAAGGUUAAACUGUUUAACCAGCACAUGGGCCUCACUAUGUAACCGUCGCGUGGUGGCAUUAUCACCGAUUGAGAGCAGCACCUGGCAUGUGAACACUUAUUAGAUAAAUGAGUAAGUUACACACAAAGACACACAGAAAUAGCGUGAUCCCAUUCAUGUAAAUACACCCACAAGAUGAAUUUCUAAGUGCAUAUUUAUAGAUUUAAAUGCAGAGGGAAAAAUGCCUGGAAAAGGUGCACCAAACGCUAACAGUGCUUCUAGCCCUGAAGGAGGAGGAGAUUCAGAAAUGCUCACAAGGCAUUUUGUUGCAUCUGUAUCACUUAGUAGUUUUUUGCAUGAGCCACAUGUAGAAUAAAACCCAUUUCCAAACGCAAUCUGUUUCUCCGAAGUGCUCGGGCUCCGAAGGGUGCAGUUCCGCUUGCCCACGUCAGCAUUUAGAUCAUCAGAGUAAUCGCUGGGGGAAAAGGAAGCCCUGGGUGAGGAGCCUGGGCCCGCCAUCCUUCUCUCUCUCACUCUGUCUGUUUGCACCGCACAGCACCGCCUGAGCAGCCGGCAGGUGGCCGAGCACGGAGGCCGGACCUCAUCCAUGCACACCCCAAAGGAGUUGCUGAGGAACGGAGCCCUGCCUUCCGACUGUGAGAUCUUCUCCUCCGGGACUCUCCAGAGGCAGGUCCCUGGCAACUGAACUUUAAAAAGAGAGUCCGACAGGCUGGAAAACCAAGCAGCGCAGCCAGGUCAGCUGGAGUCAUGGAUUUUUUUUUUUUAAGAAAAAAAAUCGAGUCUCACUGUUUUGGUUUAGCAAAAGCCACCAUGUCCAUCCCUCUCCUCUGGAAAGGAGCCUCAGGAAAUCUCAUUACUUUUGGGGUGGGGGGUGUUCCAGACUUGGGGGGGGAGAAGUUUCUAGGAAGAGCAACAGAUGAUGGCAAGACAUUUGCAAUGUCAAGGACAAACAUUUGCAGCACGUUUCCAGUUGUCUAAUAGAGCUGAAUUUGUGCGUUUUUUCCCUUUUAUUUUUACGUGUUGUAGCUUCCCUCAAGCUUCAGCAGCUCCUCCCUCAUCACAGACACAAACCCAGGCACCUGCUGGCCUUUUCUGCCUUGCCCCCACUUUUCCUGAAGGCCCCCCUCCCUUGCAUGCAGCCGCCAUGGUCGAGUAGACCUCAGCCUCACUCUCCACUCCAAGAGACUCUGAGAACGUACUCAGUGGUCAGUUCUAGGUACACGAGCACCUUCCCCAUCCCAGUCUUGGGAGUAAACUGGCUGUGUUUCUGGAAUGUGCUUCUUGCAAACUCCCUCUCUCUCUUUCUAGCAAAUCUCAGGCAAGAUCUUUGAUUUUCCUGGAUGCCGCCUGGCAAUGCCACCCUUUGUAUUUCUUUUCUGUCAAACGUCAACCCUUUCGGAGGAAGGGACUGUCCCUGUUUAGUGAUCGCCCUGCCUGCCAGACUCGCUCACGCAGUGUUUCACGGGGUGCCAGGCCCACAAGGUGCCUGGAGGUCCACAAGGUGAUUUUUAUGUCGUUUGUGACACGUUCAAUGCCACGGAAUGGCGAAGAACAUUUCCCCUUUUUCAUUCUUUCUCAGCCCCGAUGACAGGAAGGAGAGUCUCCGUGUAGUGCCCGUGGUUCCUUGACCCCUUCCCAGCUCGUUGGCUCUUUUCCUGUCUCAAUAAAGAAAACACGAGCAGGCCUCAGGUUCAAAGGCUCCUGUCUGGACAGAAUUUAAUACAUCGUUUUGUUGUUACUGUAUUUCUCUAUUAAUCAUCUUCCAUGUAUGGUUUCUUCUUAGGAUGUGCUAUAUCAUUUCAGUUCAAAUCAGUUGACUUAAGAAAAAGUAAGUGGACUCUUUAAAACAAUAUCAAGUGAUUAAACACAACAGGUGAUAUGUGUACAUAUGGCAAAAGUAAGUUCAAGCACUAAUAUUAGAAAUACAGUGAAUGACGGACUUCCCUGAGGCAGCUUAUUCUAAGGGGAUGCACGUGGGUUUGAGAGUCAAAAUGCUGACUGUGCACAUUGAUGACAGGCCGGUGUCUCAGCCUCUGCGUGAAGUUUCUCCAUCUGGAAAACAAGGGGAGCAACACCGACCCGCUUGCCUGGAUGCUGUUAUGAGAGUUAAUGACCGUCAUAGAUGUGAACGCCCCUGGAGGGAAGUCCCCGGUACCACACAAACACACACAGCACUCUUCUUAGAUUACUUUGAAUCUCAGGCAUUGUUAAAAAUCCUGGACCCUUGCGAAAAAUAAACGUUGACGGAGAGCAGAUGCCACCCGUCACUUCACCCAGGAGUCCGUCGGGAGCCGGCAGGGGGGCGGGGACACGCUGCGUCAGGGCCGUGAAUUCUCAGCAUGGGGAGGUCCUGGUGCCUUUCAGGCGUCCUGCAGCCUCGUUUCUGUUUCCGAGGUCUCGGCUUCCGUGUGUGUCUGGCUCCCUGUUCUUUUACCCAAAUCAAAUACAAAGUGUCGCCGAGCGGCAGAAUAAAAAUGGUUUUAAGGAAGCCUGUUUACUAUAGUGUGCAAACUGUGUUUUCUUGGGGGAGGAAGCUUCUAGAGAUUUUCGGAACCAAAGUGGGCUCGUGGAUGCCAGCUGAAGCCAGGGGUUGGAGCUAGAGAGGUAUCGACGUGGAACUCACUCACUGCCGGAAAUGCCCUUCUCGGAGGCAGUGAAAAUGCAGACCCCACUCAAGUCACUCAGUGAGAUCACGGCAAUUGAGCGGGGGUCUGGUGUUUGCUGGGCCCCAGGCCUGGCAAAGAGCUUUCAUACUGACACAGCGUGGGGAGGGGGGAUAGGCCUCCCUAGGGCCUCUGCAGGGCUGAGAUGGCCCCAGCCCCACCCCAAAAGCACAAAAAGGAUUGACCAAGUGCAUCAGCCAGGAGACCCUUUCAGCAGUCAAUGACAA